AUGAACGAGAUUCAAAUCAUUACAGCAAUAAUUUUAAAUUACGCAAAACAAAAACGUAAUCAUACUGUGUUGGGUGAUACCAAGAAUCAUGAAACUCUUUUUUUUUCCUUCGUGACUUCAAAUGAGGAACAAAAAAAUUGUAUAAAACCGUAUUUGUGGUUAACAGUGGGAAAUUUGCUGCAGCAUCACGCAGUGAUUCAAAUGAGUUGA